CUAAACCUAAAGUGACGCGGGCCCGUGUUGUAGGGAUGUGGUGGUGUUGGGCUGGCGCCGAGUGGAUGGCUGCAAAUCCAUAUCAUGUGCCCAAACUACGGGAGCUCCUAAACAGAGCCAUGAAUACCGAUGCAUCGUUCAAUAUACAACCGGGGGCUUUCAAUUCCCCCACUGCUCUUGGCACACAAUGAAGGGCCCAGCGCUCACUUCCGAUAGCUUCCGUCGACUUCCUCGAGAAAUACGAAACAUUAUUCUCAAUUAUCUGAAUUCACAAGAUAUCGCGAGCUUGCGGUUAGUUUCUCGAGCCUUUCAUCAAUUGCCAAUCUCUCUUUGGCAGCGGCUACUCAGAGAAAAGAUGCCAUGGCUGUGGGAGAUCUGGAGUGAUGAACCUCCAUAUUACUGGGCCACAGUGACCGCUGAGGACAUCGGAAAUAACAGACGUGAAGCCCUGGCUCCGGGUAUGUCAACUCCCACCAUCGUGUCACAUACCAUCAAUGUGCAGGAACAUAUGUCGCAGUGGGCUCUACCAAAGCCUCCCUAUGGGCGGACAAAUUGGUAUAUGUUGGACCUUGAUAUCAAGCGCAACCGGAAGGAAUCAAGAGGACUGCGGAAUCGUGAAAGAAUCUGGAAUUACCAGGAGAAGAUGCUGGUACAGCUGAAAAGGCAUAUCAGGGACAGUGCCAUCUGAUACAUAGCCAUAAGGCCGUCGUUAUUUGCUUUUACUAUUUGUGCGCCCUUCCUUC